CAAGUGAACAAAAUCUAAUGAAUCUACCUGCACGAUGCAACUUUGUCUUCGACAUAGUUGUCACUCGCUAUGAUCUGCCCAAGUUCAAGGUGUACGAUGCCACGAAAUUGACAAUUGAGGCAAAAUUCAACUUCGACACCAUUAAGAUCACAUCGAGUCGUCACAAUGUCACCGAAUUCAACCCAAAGGCAUCCACUGAGUUCACCCAAACGGCCAAGAAACUGCGCCAAAAUCUCCAGGAAGGAGGCAUGCCGAUUGUCGUGAAGUACAAGGAUAGCGUUAUAGGCAGUGGCCAAAUCAACUUUCCCGGCACGUUUAUCGAUCAGAUACAAGAUGGCAUGACUGAUCUACUGCAUUCGGACAGCUGCAAAAUUGACUUGAAUGUCGGAACUAAAGGCACCAUCGAGAUUCUCUGUCGCCUCAUCAUCAAAUGCUUUGAUACCAAAAAAGAGGAGGAGCCAGAGUGUGGACAGAACAUUAAUAAAAGCAUCAAUCCGCGUGACAUCAUGUUCAUAAUGGGCGAAAAUCAACGCUGCACCAAACCCUGUGAUGUCUGUCCUGAUGUCAUGCCGCCGUCAGACGAUGAUGAUGAAGGUAAUAACGAUCGUCUACGCCUCGACUUGGAACGCUAUAAAAGCAUGAAUAAUCAAUGGCAUGCGCAGAAGGAUAUCAUCGAUCAACCAACCAGAAAAUCCAUUUGCUGUGAACUCAAGCAAAUGACUCAAGAGUGUGGACAGAUUGUCGACUCGGUCACGGCUCAAACGAAGGCUCGCAGCUGCACAAGUCCAGUUUCUUAUGAUCCCGUGGAUGAUUUCAUGAUAAAGCCAUCGGUUCAUAGCUGCUUUGCCUUCUUGCCAACACAACGCCAGGGCGACACCGAACCCCGUUCGAUUUCAAUGCCAAUCAGCGAUAUUGGCAAGCCCAUCAUUAAGCCCACACGCUUUUGUCCUGUUUGCCUUACGAAUAUGUCCUGGCUACCGAAAUUCGCCGCCUGUCCCAAGUGCGGCAUUAAACCAAUGCCAAUGCUAGAGGAACGACAUAAGGAUAAGCUGACUGCGGAGCAAAUACUCUUGGAUUAUCUGGGUAAACCACUCGAUUUGCUAAUCGAUGAUCCCUGUCAAACGCCUUGCAAGGAAGAAGCGCAGAAGAAGGAGAAGAAGGAGUCGAAGGCCGAAUGUCGUUGCACUUGCCAGUUUGGCAAGAUGUGUGCCCAUUGUCGCAUACGAAGAUUGUGUGGAGAUAUCUUUCAGUCCGAUAAGACGACAAAUUGUAACGUCCAAUCGCCAAAAUCAUCCGAGGACUAUUGCGCAAUCAUCGAAAAUAAGGAGCAAUGUCGACCUUAUCUAUCGCGUGUCUUUUCAGAGUUGAAGGAUCUCUACGAUAUUAAAGAAAUGAAACUGCAAGCGCCGCAGGACAAAAUAUGCGAAAAAGCCAAAUCAAUUAGGUCCUCAAAAUCAUCCAGUCGUGGAUCAUCCAAAAGUCUGAUCGAGCCAAAGAAAAUCCAAGUGAAAAUCGGUUCAGCGAAAGCAAAAACAAAGCCCGUUGUAGUUGUAAAAGCACUUGAGAGAAAAAGUCGCGACUUGGGCACAAACAUUGUGUCAAUCAGCAAACGGCGGUGUCCAAGAAUCACGGCUGGGACUGGAAAUCGAGUACGGAGUCUCGCAAGCACGGCUGGCGACCUGGCUACAUACUGAAGCCCAUCAAGCGGCUGAUGAAUUUCUUUUUGCACUACAAGCCGCAGGAAAGUGCUGAGAAAAUAUGCCAACGCAUCAAGGGGGAGGAGCUGGAAAAACGUAAGAGUCAGCAGCCCACGCUAAAUAUGUGCAAGAAGAAUGGCGAA